AUGACUUCGAAUUAUCGUCUGACACCCGUUUCUCAGUCAAAUUUCGCUUCGAGGCCGCUUACUCAUAAAAUGGUUGACAGAACUGAAUACAGCGUAAAUCGCAGAAUCCUUUCAAAAAUGUUCUGUUUCGGCAGCAGUUGUAAACGCGAAAGUCACACAAAGAAGUGCAGUAUGAAAGAAUUUGGAUUGAGAUCGUAUUUGAUAUUAGCCCUGAGUAACCACCUUUAUACAACAUUUCAGGUGUUCGAAAGUGAUCUCGUCCUAACAAAGCCUCAAAUGGACGAAGUUAUGGACAACUUCAAUGCAAGGAUUACAGGACGAAGGCGACGAAACAAGAGGAACGCCGCCAUCAUUGGGAAGAAGUUUCGCUGGCCCAAUGCUGUUAUUCCCUACGAAUUCAAGGACAGCGACAGCAACAACAUAACUGUGAAUGCUGCAGCUGACUGGAAAAAGCUGAUCUGGAGAGGAAUGAAAGAAUGGCAAAAAGAGACCUGUAUUCGAUUCGUGGAAAGGACGAACGAAACGGAUUACGCAGUUUUCUUUAAAGGCGCAGGGUGCUACUCAAACGUAGGACGAACUGGAGGACGACAAUACAUCUCGAUUGGUUGGGGUUGCGAAUCAAGAGGUAUUGUUGCCCAUGAGAUCGGACACGCUCUAGGAUUUUGGCACGAACAAAGUCGACCGGACAGAGACCAGUUCAUCAACAUCAAUGAAGAUGCCAUUAGCUCAGGUACAAAGGGUAAUUUUGAAAAACGAAGCGAUAUCAUGGAUUCGGAUAUUCCUUACGAUUUUGGAUCCGUCAUGCACUACGCUCCACAAGCAUUCACCAAAGAUUGGCACUUAGUUACUAUUGAAACAAAGGAUCAUCGCUUCCAACAUACCAUUGGACAGCGUUCUACUGUUUCCUUCACUGAUGUGAAACAUGCCAACCGUCUGUAUUGCAGUCGUGUGUGCCAGACAAAAAUAUCGUGUGCAAAUGGAGGAUACCAAGAUCCUCGUAACUGUGACAGAUGCAAAUGUCCGCCUGGACUUGGAGGAGUUCUUUGUGAACGAGUGGCUGAUUCUACACCUGGAUGUGGUGGAGAGCUGUUUGCAUCAUCCCAAUGGCAAAUACUUCAAAAUUCUCAAAUUGGAACGUGCCAUUGGAGGAUAUACGUAUGUUCUCACGCCAUUUGCUCAUUCCCCUAUUUUUAUCCUUCCUUCAAUGUUAACCUUCAGGCACCCAAUGGUCGUAUCAGUUUCGAGACGCAGUGCUGUAACCCCGCUCCCGGUAGAACAGUUUCGCAUGGUAAUCAAGUGAUCGUAACGAGUUUCUCCAAAACCGCUCCCUCGAACUUCACGAUGCGGUAUAUUUUAGCCAACGAAGUUGGAAUUGACAAUACAUUUGAGACGCUCAUAUUGAAGGAUGUCCCCCGAGUACUUGGAAGAAGCCGCGGAGGUCCAAAUUUCGCAUCUCUGUUCGGAUUACUUGAUACGUUUUUGCCCCGAGGACCUCGAGGAUAA